CUGUAAUCUCUCUGCAUUAAUACGCUCAAUAACUCAUUUCAUCACUCUCACGCCGAAGCCUGGAAGCCAACUCUACCACACUCGCUCGCUACUAUGGCUACUGAUAAUAAUGCUGCUGAAGAUCUCCAGAAGAUCAACAACCAAACGCUGGGGACAGAUGGGAAUGCGUUUCCAGUUGUAACGCUUCCCGGCGGCCAAAAGGUCCCAACUGGCACUGUGGGAGCACUUCUCGUCAACAUCAAGACAUACGAUGCAGGCAAUGAUGAGGAGAGAAAGAGCAUAGAACCAGCAAUUCGGGCCGCAAUACCCGUACUCCGGAGCGUUGGCAUGUUUGAUCUCUUUAAGCCGCAGGAAUGGGUUCAAGGGGGUAGCCCAGGGCGGGCUCUCGUCGGAAAACUAGCAAUGGAGUGAUACAACGUCAUUUGUAUAUCGUCCAGGUGUGGCGUCACGUAAAACACUGCGAGCGUUAGCAAAUCAGGUACAGAGUUAAUUACACAAACAGUGUUUUUUUUUUUGAACGAAUUGUUGCUGGGUUGGCUUUUGUGCUUAAAGGUGUAUUGCUUCUGACCACUUGUCAUCGUGGUGACGACGUCAAG